GUCACUUGACUUGCUCUUUAGUGACGUUCUUGACACACUACUGAGAGCUCAGCGUUAGCAUUCAGCAUCCCUGGAUUUACUGUGACUGUUUUGCCGAGGUGUUACAUCUCGACAUUGCUUUCAGGCACAGUUAAAGACAGAGUUAAUUUGAUGUGUGCCUAAAUUUUCCAGUUAACAGUACAAAUGAGGAUUAAAGACCGAACCAUGUCACCUCCAAAUAGAUCUGGCCCAAGUCUUCCAAAUGAACUGAAUAAGUUCUCGGGUCAUUCCAACAGGUUAAAGCAGAUUUUGGGAGAGACCAAGAAAUGUUUUGAUGAUAUCAACCAGUCAGGACGUUUCGAAGGAACUCAAGUGAUUGAAGCAGAGCUGCUGAAGGAGGAAGAGAGCGAGAUCACUGCCGCUAUUGAGCAUCCGCCGACCGUCAUCAUUUUCGGACAAAACGCUUAUGCGAAGUCGCGAAUAGUGAAUGAGCUGUUCAACAAAAGAUUUUUCCCGCCCCUGGAACCCGACUCUGACGUUAAGCUCCGCAUGGUCAGAAUUUUUCACGGCAAAACCAACACGGUUAGCCUCACUCUGCCAGACGAUUACGACCUAGUUGACAACUUGGAAGCCUACAAUGGACCCUGGCACACAAUUCCUCUGGCCGACCUAGAGUUGCCGGAGAACAAAUCGCAGGAUAACGCCAGUGGUUUGGCUGUCAUGGAGGUGACGCAAGAUCACCCAAUGCUACGUUGUGGGGCACAGGUGGUUGUCUCCCCCUCUCGUCAGGACGGAGACAGCUUCGAGGAGAUUGUGCAGCAGUGCACGGCCAGCUCCACUCCAAUACUCAUCUACGGUUUCGCUGAUAAUUUCCUCUCAGAAAUGGACGUGUUGGAGCUGAGCGAGUUGAGCAAGCUAACCAACUUUGAGCCCAUCUUCUUCGUCCGCGUCCCACCCCCGGGCUCCCGGACAGUGGACACUGACCCUCCGGACGGCGCACCCGGGGAGACGGUGACCAGUGGUCAGCUGUCCCCAUCCUCCCUGCCCCCCUCCUCGCCCACACACGCCCCGUCAUCGUCGUCUAGUCACUACCCGCCCAGCCCCACCACUCACCACCCCCACCCCAACUCACGCCACUCGCACGCCAAAGCUCAUCAUCACAAAAACAGCUCCGCACAAAGCGACGGCAACAACUCGUCUUCACAACAGCAGCAACAACAACAGCAACAGCCGUUGUCCUCGCCGUCAGAGUCUGCCCCCAGCUCGCCCACCAAACAGCAACAACAACAGCAGCACCAACAACAACAACAACAUCAGCAUAAUCGCAACUCGUCUUCAUCACCAGCCAACGCUCCUUCUUCCUCGUCAGGCGUAUCGUACAACAACAACAACAACAACGACUACGACAAUAUUGACAAUAACCACCACGUCGUCGUUGACCGUGGCGCGGUCGCCGCCUCCCCCUCUCCCUCUACCACCUCCCAAUCCUCCUCAUCCUCCUCCAUCACCACCACCACCGCCACCCCCUCCUUGUCCCUAAACCCCGGUGACAAACAGCUCUGCGUGUUGGACCAGCUCCGACGGCUGGGCUAUCUGGACGGUGACCCGGACGUGAGGCAGUACCGGCGCGCUCUCUCCACGACCUGCCUCGACGCCGACAGCGUCUUCGUGGAGCGCUUCCCGGACUUCCUGCCCAAGCUCACCCAGUUCUCCAAGAGGGGCCUGCAGACGUGCCUGGUGAACGCGGCCACGGUGCUGAACGUCUCGCACACGCGCGGGCUCAACAUGUUCAUCCUCUCCGCCUUCGACAUGGCGCGCGACAUGCUCAUCACGCCCAAGAAGCUGGAGUUUGCGCGCGAGAAGGAGGAAGAGCUGUACCGGUCGCUGCUCAAGAUCUCCGUCUCCAAGCUGGACGAGAUCAAGGAGCUCAUCUCCAGCACCAUCUCCUUCAUCGGGACCUGUCUCGUCGCCGAGGCCGGGGAGUUUGAGUUUAUUGAUUCUCAACGCGGCCUACACCGUGGAGAUCACCGUGCGGUCCAGUUCGUCUUUCAUCAAAAACCUACUGGAGAGGAUGAAGCAGCUGGUCCAGUCCAUGCCAUGGAAGUCCUCUCCGACCAUCGACGCCGAGUGGAAGAGAAAAGUCGCUCAAGACAUGCUCAACAGUCUCAGUGAAUCCAGGCUGGCCAAGAGCAUCUCGUCCCAGAUCAAGGAGCGUCUGAAUCGGUCGCACGAGGCAUUCAGCAACGCACUGCGCCAGCUGGAGCUGCGCCACACGGGCCGGCUGGACAAGAUCGAGGAGCACCGGCUGAAGCUGCGCAAGGUCCACGCGCCGCGCCUGGCCAAACUGGCGCUGGAGAGCACGUCUCUGCGCGACGUCAUUCUCAAUGGGAUGCCCCAGAUUGGCCGUGAGAUCGGCCGGGGUCAGUACGGGGUGGUGUACUCGUGCGACACGUGGGGCAGCCACUCGCCGUGCGCCAUCAAGUCGGUUGUACCUCCCGACGACAAGCACUGGAACGACCUGGCACUCGAGUUCUUCUACACCAAAAAUAUCCCGGACCACGACCGUAUCGUGAUGCUGCGUGGGUCGGUGAUCGACUACAUGUACGGGGGAGGGACCUCACCGGCCGUGCUGCUGGUCAUGGACCGUCUCCAGCGAGACCUCUACACCGCCAUCAAGCAGGGGCUGGAUUGGGUCAGCAGCUGGACCGUGACAACCGCGGCAAAAUCACCGACCUUGGGUUCUGCAAGCCCGAGGCUAUGAUGAGUGGCAGCAUUGUGGGCACGCCCAUCCACAUGGCGCCGGAGCUCUUCACCGGUCACUACGACAACAGCGUAGAUGUCUACGCCUUCGGCAUCCUCUUCUGGUACGUGUGCGCGGGCCACGUGCGACUGCCCAACGCGUUUGAGCAGUGCGCCAACAAGGACCAGCUCUGGCAGUCUGUGAAGAAAGGUCUGCGACCGGAGCAGCCAGUGAACACCUCAGAGGACUGCUGGCUGCUCAUGCAGGGAUGCUGGGAGGGAGAGCCCGGCCGGCGCCCGUUCUUCGGCGAUGUGGAGACUUCGCUCAAGUCCAUCCUGGAGAAGUACAAGAGGAAGGCGGCUGCCUCGGUGGAGCGGGGAGGCAACUCUCGCGAUCGCCGCGGCCGGACGCCCGGCUCUUCCUCUCGCCACUCUUCCCCCAGACACAGCAAGCAGAUCAAUCCCAGCCGAUAAUGGACUUGUGUGCCGUGGUGUUUCUGUCGUGGGCUGCGAAGGACUACUACUUUUCUUGUUUUCCAAUGGAAACUGUGCUUACAAUGUAAUAAACUUUAUAUUCAUUUGUCAUUUUAUUUCCUGUGGAAUAUGCUGUACAUCAGGUGUUAUUUUGUGGGCCUUUUUUUUCUCGUUCUGCCCGUUUCGUGUUUUUUUUU